AUGCGGAUCUUCAGCAAAAACCUUCGCCUUCAGGACAUAACCAUCAUGUAUUUUACUGCCCUGGCUGCUCUAAUGGUCAUCUUGGUGGCUUCUUACCAGGCGCCCAACAAUGCUGUUGAAGUGUCCAGCCUUAAACCGAACCCCUCUCGCCCUCUCCCACCUCUCCCCAUGCCUUUCCGGGUGCCCCUUGAUCCACGUGGGGAGCUCCAGCUGGCUUGGAACGUCAGCUACACCAACCAGGAGAUUUAUAUGGAGCUGAGGGUUGCAGAGCUCAGACACGGGGUGGUCCUGGGGAUGUCCGAUCGGGGAGAGCUGACCAAUGCUGACCUGUUGGUGCUGUGGGACUCUGGAACCCAGAGCUACUUUGGAGAUGCUUGGAGUGACAGCAAGGGUCAUGUAUCACUAGACAGCCAACAAGACUACGACCUGAUUGAAGCCAAACAGAAAGCUGAAGGAUAUUACCUGCUCUUCAAAAGACCAUUCAGUACCUGCGAUCCCAGAGACUACGUCAUAGAGGAGGGGACUGUGCACAUCAUCUACGGCUUCUUGGUUAAACCACUUGCCUCACUGGAUAAGCUGAACCUGUCCGAGAUCCGCACCGGCGUACAGAGAGUCCUGAUGUUGCGUCCCGACACGCCGCCACCUACCCUGCCUCCAGACGUACAAAUGUUAGAUGUAGUGGCACCAAAUGUCAUCAUACCAAAUCAAGAGACCACCUACUGGUGCUACAUCCACAACCUGCCGGAAAAUUUGACCAAGAACCACAUUGUUAUGUACGAGUCGGCGAUAACUCCAGGGAACGAGGCCAUCGUGCAUCACAUAGAAGUGUUUGAGUGUUCUCCAGAUGUCCCUGCAGUUCCAGGGUACAGCGGCUCCUGUGAUGACAAAAUGAAGCCGAAAAAGCUCAACUUUUGCCGACACGUGCUAGCUGCAUGGGCUAUGGGGGCUGAGGAACAUCAAUGGGAGGCACCACCAAAGGUGGCUGAGAACAACAGGGCUAAGGUCCUGUGGGACUCUGAUUUCCAGACAGACAAGCAGCUUCUGGCCAAUCAACCAGACAUUGUGGUGAUUGUCAAGGAUUGUACUUGUGGCAGUCCUGGUGCACAGCCCCAUCAGAAGGAAGAACUUCACGCAGGCCGGCGUGACUCAUCAGGGAUACGACUGUAUUACACCCCGAGCCUGAGGCGCUACGAUGCAGGGAUCAUGGAGCUGGGCCUCGUUUACACUCCUGUAAUGGGUAUCCCACCUAAACAACACACCUUUUACCUCAGUGGAUACUGCACCUCCAAGUGUACCCAAACAGCUUUGCCUUCAGGUGGAAUCUAUGUAUUUGCUUCCCAGCUGCACACCCACUUGGCGGGGCGUGGGGUGAGGACGAUUUUGGUGAGGGGAGGCAAAGAGCUGGAGGUGGUACAGGAAGACCAGCAUUUCAGUACGCACUACCAGACAAUCCGGGUUCUUAGGAAAAUGGUGAACAUUUUGCCUGGUGACGUACUUAUAACAAAGUGUACUUAUAACACAGAAGAUAGGAGCAAGCCUACAGUGGGUGGUUUUGGCAUCAUGGAGGAAAUGUGUGUCAACUACAUUCACUACUACCCCCGUACCCAGCUGGAGCUCUGCAAGAGCCACGUUGACCAAGGAUACCUGCAGAAAUAUUUUAACUUCAUUAACAGGUUCCACGGAAAUGACCAGUGUGUGUGUGGUGAGGUUAGUGUGACGGAGCAGUUUUCUCAACUAGAGUGGGAUGAAUUCACCGGAGAAGUGCUGGACUCGCUUUAUAACACAGCCCCCAUCUCGAUGCACUGCAAUCAGUCGACUGCACGCCUCUUUCCUGGUGACUGGGACAAACAGCCCAUACCAGCGGUGACCUCCGUCCUUGAAAAACCUCAGUACACCUGUAAGCGAGGCACGCUUCGCACCAACUGA